AUGGAGGGAAUCAGAGUUUACCUGCACGAGCGGGAGCUGUGGAUGAAAUUUCAUAACGUCACCACGGAAAUGAUCGUCACUAAAUCAGGCAGGCGGAUGUUCCCGAGCUACAGGGUAAAGGUCACCGGUCUGAACCCCAAAGCCAGAUACGUUCUGCUGAUGGACGUGGUGUCCGCAGAUGAACACCGCUACAAAUACGCCGAGAACGAAUGGUUCGUGAACGGGAAGGCUGAGCCCGCAGCUCCCGGUCGGCUCUACGUUCAUCGGUCGCACUGGACCAGACAGCUCGUCUCCUUCCAGAAACUCAAACUCACCAACAAUCACCUGGACCCUGUCGGCCACAUCAUAUUGAACUCGAUGCAGAAAUACCAGCCACGUCUGCAUGUAGUGCAGGUGGACGAGAAGAACAGCUUUGGCUCCCACAACACAGCCUUCUGCACACACUCCUUCCCCGAGACCGCCUUCAUCGGUGUGACGACCCAACACGGAGACAAGAUCACACAGCUGAAGAUUCAGAACAACCCAUUCGCUAAGGGUUUCUGUGGCAACGAGGACAUCAAGAAACGUCAAAUGUCCAGCACAGAGGUGGGAAAACUCACAUAA